AUGGAUCCUGAAACUGGGAAUAUACGUAUGCGACGAUCGCAUCUGAUGAUCAAUAAUUAUAAUGAAUAUAUCAUAUCAGCAUGUCGUUCUAACAUGGACAUCAAGUUUAUUUGGACAGGCAGCGAUGCCAAAGCUCUUGUCUAUUAUAUUACAGAUUAUGUGACAAAAUCCAGUCUUCCUUUUCACGACACAUUUUCUCUUAUUCAAAAAAAUGUUGCAUCAUUCGAAGACAUAUCAAAUCAAGUGGAUAAUACAGACAAUGUGAUCGAAAGAUCACGUAAAUUCGUUUUACGUUGCUAUAAUACACUUGCGUCUCAACAAGAGUUAUCUGGAGCGCAAGUUGCUUCCUAUCUGAUGAAUUGGGACGAUCAUUAUACGACACACAAAUUCCAAGGACUUUAUUUAAUUCAAAAUGAACGAUACUUACAGACAGAAUUGAAUGGAUUACGUGUCAAACGAAAUUUAGAAACAGAUUCAUAUGGUAACAGUAUGACUGUUUCGUCAUUUGUCUCUCUUAUACUUGCAUUUUUUUCAUAUGAGAAUUUUUCUUCUUUUAUCUUCAGAUGCCAAGAGAGAGAUAGAGAGGAGAGAAAGUGGGAGAGGGGAAGAAAGAGAAGAAACAUUUGUUAUAUGAACAAUUAAUGAGAGUGAGAGGAAGGAAAAGAAUAACAUAUGGUCAUCAUAUAAGAAGACAUAAUGAGAUAUACUUAACAUGGUAUCCAGCUGUCCUAAAGCACUGUUGCUACAUCGAAUAUAUCACGUAGAUAAGUGACACGGAAUGAACGGAGCUAUACCAAUAUAAUUCUUCUCUUAUUGAUGGGAAUGUGAAGGAAUAUGAUAAUCAUGAAAAUCAAAUCAACAAAAGCUAUCUUAUCGUUUUUCACACAUAGAUGCAAUGGAUGAAGAUGAUGAACGCAAUGAUAAUGUGCCUAACGAUGAAAAUGAUAAUGAAGAAAAUUUUCAAAUUCAAUCUGUCGAAAAUGAAAAUGGAAAGAGUUUUGUGCUAGUUAACGCCCGAAUUGAUUAUCAGUGUAGAUCACAUACUCUC